CGCGCGUCAUCCAGCCAACAACCUUGCUUCACCAAAGUGACCUGUUCGCACGUCUGCCGCCUACAUGGUGACCGUGUUAUCGCCACAGAUCCCCGGACCUUCAGACUUGCGACCGGCUUGUUGAGCGUCUGUAUCCAGCGAGCCCUUUGCGGACGAGGCUCUCACCAGCGGCCAGCAUGGCUUCAAAUCGGGGCGCUUCUUAUGCUCUCCCACCCAUCAGAGAGCAACUGGGCGCUGCUUUGCCCCUGCCACAAGGCCCUCCUCCUCUGCCUCACGCCUCUCAUCCGAGCCAGGCGUCUCAUGCAGCACAUGCGGCUCAUGCCCCUCGUCCAUCGAUAUCAGCGGCGCCUCCACAACCCCAGGCUCAGAUACAAGCAACCGGCUCGCCCCCACGGGAGUUCAGUGGAACCAAUGGCAACUACAAAUAUACGCUUGUCGUCGAACAGCAACCGCAGAGAGCCCGCAUGUGCGGAUUUGGUGACAAGGACCGUCGCCCAAUCACCCCCCCUCCAUGUGUGAAGGUGGUUGUCACAGAUGCUCGUAAUGGAAAGGAAUUCCCGCCUAACGACCUUGCGUUCCAGCAAUUUGUGCUUCAUGUGGAGCUUUGGAGCGAAGACGGAACUCGGGAGGUCAGCAUGGUCAAGCACGCCACGACAGCACCAUCUAUCGGGACUGGCACAAUCAUGUCAUUCCAGGAUGCAAUAGAAACCCAGACCACUUACAGGCUGUUCAACUACACACGCAAUGCCGACGGCACAGCUUACUCCGCUCAAGCGGCAUAUCCGCCAUCGCCUCCAGCAUACCCUACUCCGCCUUCAGCAGCGACACAAGGAUAUGGAUAUCCAACUCAAGUGAGGCGCGAUAGCGUGCCAUCAAUACUACCGCGCGCAUCGUACGGCAGUAUCGGCGCGGAAGAGCUCCCUGCGAUGCCAGCACAUGCUGGACAGCCUCCUCUCAGCUUGGGCAGGAUGAGCAUGUCGCAACCCAAUACCUCCUGCACAAGAAACCUUCUCGGAUCCAUCUCCAUGAGUGCCACCCGCCUAGUCGACCGCGAAGACAAAGUGGGCAUUUGGUUCGUUCUGCAGGAUCUUAGUGUGAGGACGGAAGGCAUCUUCAGGCUGCGCUUCUCCUUCAUAGACCUACUCGCGCACAGAGAUGGUCCCAACGGCCAGAAGGUGUGCCCGAUUCUGGCCACACAAUUUAGUGAGCCCUUUCAGGUCUAUUCCGCCAAGAAGUUUCCUGGGGUCUGCGAAAGCACAGCAUUAAGUCGCAAGUUUGCCAUACAAGGCGUCAAGAUUCCCAUAAGGAAAGAUGGCGACCUCAAAAAGGGCAAGAAGCGGCAACGGGACGAGGAUGAUGAGGACGAGGACAACGACGACGAGGAUUAAGUAUUGCGAGUAUAAUCACGGGCUGACCAUAGUUCAUGAAAAGGGGAUGCCAUUUCGCAACCAUGCUUGAAUCACCAAACAGCAGCCAAGACCAGUAGCGCUAGACUUAGGGCAGAAAAGAAUGGGGGCCUGCGUCCAAUAAUGGUCGG